AUGGAUGCGUUGGUCGAUGGGAUGAAUGGAUUUGGAACGGACGACAACUUUAUGUCCAACCGCGCCAGCACCAAAGCCGGCAAACUUCCCUACCAUCCUCUGUAUCAGCCUCCAUUACCGACUCCCCCGCCCGGUGUCGUAUUGGGGGGAGGCAAGCCGAGGAAGUCUGGAAAGUCGUCCAAGUCGUCACCGAAGAACAAGAGGAGGUCGUACUCUGCCGACGAAGAUGACGACAGUCCCCAGCCUUCGCAACCGAGCGAAAGCAGGUCGCCGCGGCCUGCUACCAGUCGCACAGGCUCGACAGCCACGGUGACACCGGAUUCGCAUCCCCUCGUAGAGUUCCCCGCGUCGGUGCCCUCCAUGGACGAGAUACUGGAGAAACAUAUCCAGGCAACCAAACCUAAAACGGUCGUUCCCUCGAUCUCGGAGAUUAUACGCAAGCAUGCUCCCCCAACGUCAAGCACGCGUACAAGGCCAUCGCUUUCCAGAACGUCCUCGUCGUACGGCCCGAAGAGCGUCGCCCAUUCCAUCAUAGAAGAGCCAGAACCCGGAUCAACCACCGAAGACGCAGACUUGGUCUCGAGAUCGUCCGUAGACAGCGUCGCAGCCGAAGUUCAGCAAACGCUAUUAUUGCCCGCCCUUCACCACGCCCAUUCCUUCCCGAACCAGAACUCCUACAUCCUGAACGACCCCCUCCGAACUCCCACAUCCGAACGCCAACGAGAACCAUCCUUAUACUCAUCGUCCGGACAUUCCGGUGCUCCUCCACCUCCCUCACCUCUCGACCUUGACAUCCUUCCGAAAUCCAUGAACGAGCCAUCUCAUGCCAUCGCUACCUAUCUCCGCUCCACGCGCUUGACGACGCUCCUCAAACUCACUCGAUCCCCGCAUGCCUCUCGGGACCGUCCGUUGACUGUCAGCUUAUCAGACUUGGGCAGCCCGACUGGACACCCUCUGGUCGUAUUUCUGGGCCUGGGCUGCGUCAGACAUAUCAUGGGCUUGUACGACGAAAUGGCGGAAUGCUUGGGACUACGGUUGAUCACCAUCGAUCGGUGGGGGCUCGGUCGCACCGGUCAAGCGCGCUCAAAGGGUGCCAAAGGCAUCCCGGAGUGGGCUUCCGUCGUAGCCGAAGUCCUGGAUCGUCUGAAGAUCUCAAAGUGCAGCGUCAUGGCGCAUUCCGCAGGUGCGCCGUACGCGCUAUCGUUCGCGAACACGUUCCCGGAUAGGAUACACGGCGAUCUUUGUCUCCUCGCUCCCUGGGUCGGCGGUGGCGAAAGCUCCGGCUACAAAUGGCUCAAGUACGUGCCCAACGGUCUCCUGCGAACAGCCCAAGCGGCCGAAUGGAAGGUGCAAGCGUGGAUGAUCGGCAAACCGCCCAAAAUCGCCUUCGAGGGUAUUGGCUACAGCGUCAAGGCGCCGGUGGCAUCUUCGCCCGAGCUUCCGCGCCGCAUGAGUCGCAGUCUCAACAGAGGGGACGUGCAGCGUGGGCUCGGCAGCCAUCCGCCGUCGGUGUACACGUACGGUCGUGGUCCCGCUGCGUCGAGACAAAGCAUGGCGUCGAGCAAGAGCACAUCCAGCUACGACGACCUGCGCGAUUUUGACGGGCGCUUCGAAAGCCGGAGCACGCUCGGUGCGAGGCCGUCGAAUGUGAAGGACAAGGACCGUCCGCAGACGGCGUCAGCGGGCGAACCGAAGAGGAAGACGUCCUCUGGCUUCCUGGGCAGGUUCAGGCCGGCAUCGUUGAAGCAGCAGGGUACGCCAACCAAACCGACCAGCCCGAACAUUCAGCACGGCUCCGGUCGUACCCUCCGAGCGCUGCGCUCCAUAGGCUCUCUCAAGGGCAAGUCUUCCACGACGCCUCCCGCUUCACUAUCCAAGGUCACUUCGCCUGUACUGCCUCAACCUGCGGAGUUCGACGGGCUCGGGAUUGAUCUCGAUGGAGCACUCGCCAACGCGAUCAAGCAAGCGGAGGAGAAACCCGAGCUGUCGAUCACCAUAGGGACCCCAACCCCGACACCUUCCCGGCCGACGACCGCUCGCGCGGCCGGCGGGCGCUCCAUCUCCUUCGGCGCCAGCAUGCGAUCGACCGUAUCCUCCGUGCCAUCCGUGCCUCCUUCGCCAGCAAUCAGCGUGGCGUCCGCCCCGUCGUCGCCGUACGCCGCGAGCACCGCGUACCAGGCCGCGCUCGGCAACGCGCUCAUCGCGGCCUCGCACGCCGAGUCGGCCAAGGGCACGCACGGCGACUUGCUCCAGAUCCUGAACCACGACGAACGCCCGUGGGGGUUCUCGUAUCACGCGUACCCGCACCGCGUGAGGGUGUGGUACGGCGACCGGGACGAGAAGAUCGCGGAGGAUGCAGUGCGGUGGAUGGAGCGUAAUAUGGGCGAGGACCGGUGCGGGGUGAAGGUCGUCAAAGGCGCGGACCACGGGUUGAUGUAUAACAGCGCGGUGGUGGUGGAGGUACUGGAGAAGAUCGCGGAUGGGUGGAAGGAGGGAAUGCCGCGCGGUGAUGUUUUCCGCGAGCUUGGAUCCAUGAGCUGA